AUCGCUAAUCGUCUAUCGGUGCUGCUCAAGGAAACAACAAAAGAGAACAGAGAGAAAAAACGCGUAGUAGCAACUUAAUUAACAAAAUUUGGGGUGAAUGCGAUAGCAUAACAUGGACGAUGUCCCGGUCAAGGUAGUUGAGCGCUACAAACCUCCGCCAGCCAUAUUCCACCUGCCGCAGACAACCGUCAACCGACUGUCGCAGUUCCGGGAAGACUUCUACACGGAUCAUCCGGAUUACCAGUAUGACGGUCAGCUGGAGCGGGCUGUGGUGAGUCAGGCGCAUCGAUGGCGCCAACUGCGUCGCCAGCAACGUGAAGAGCGCGUCAGUCGCCAGGAGCGCCGCAAGGAGGCCGGCCAACGGGCGUUGGAAGCCAAGCAGAGGGAAAUGCUCGGAGCAGUUGACUAUCCCAGUACGGAGGACCUGUCGUCGGACACGGAGGAGGAGGAGGAAAAGGAGCAGACACCUCCACCUCCGACCACAGAGUCACAAGACUCCCCGCCCGACGCAAAGUCCACUGGCGUGUGCAAUUUCCACAACAUCUUGCAACCCACCAUAUUGAGCACCACUCCUGUGGCCAGUCCGCAGACGCUGCACAAGCGGAACAGCAGCCUGAACUACGCUGACUUCGAGUACAACAUGAACUCCACGCCCUUCGACAACAUCGAGCUGAAGACCAUCAACGAUCUGGACAUACUGGCCCAAGUGCUGCACCAGACGCAACUCGAGGAGCGCAGGGAUCAGCAGCAGCAGCAGCAGCAGCAAGAGAAUCGCCCCGAGGAGGAGCAGCCUCAUCGGGAUGUGCCAGUUCCAGUGGAGCUAACGAUGACCACGCUGGCGGAGACCAAAGCGACGCUCGACAGCGUCAAUUUCCAUGUUCACUGUGAUGAUGAGGGCAGGUGCGAGUCCAACCACAUUCCAGCCACGCCCCACCUGACGCCCAUGUUCAGCGCUUCCGCCCAACAGCAGCUGCACAAUCCGGAGCACUACCAGUUUUACCACAUUCAGGGCCACCAGCCACUCUACUCCCCGCAGCAGCACACUUUCCAGCAUCAAACUAAUACAGACAACUACUACUUCAACGGAUUCGGUACGCCCAACCAUUUGAUGGCGCCUCCAGCGCCUUCCUCCGUGCUGACCCUGAGCAAAUCGGAGGACGAGGCUGCCACCAAGUCGCGCAGUGUUCCCGACAUCCUGCGGGAGCUGAAGACGGAGCUGCAACAGGCGGAGAAGCGACGAACGCGCCUGCACAGCCACAACGAGGAACAGCAGCCAAAGAUGGAGGUGGCGGUGGACAGGAACUCCUUCAAGGAGCUGGCAGGACCGGCACAGAAGAUGGCUCAACGAAUCAGCUCCAUGGGCUUUCCUCUGGAGCGGGUGGCCAAGGUAGUAAGCCUGUGCGGCAUUGAUGAUAAAAAGAUUAUCGAACACCUCAUCCCACUGAGCGAGCUCAUAGACCUGGGCUUUGACGAAUCGAAAAUCUCAGAGGCGCUUCUUAGGUUCAACAAUAACAAGGACAAGGCGCUGGACUACCUAAUAAACUAGUUCAAUUCAGGGCAAACCUUUUGAUACGGCCAGCUUUUCCCCUACGCCCGCAUCCCUCGCCUAAUCAGCUAAAUGUAUUUCUAAUUAUUAAAAGUUCUCGUGAGAUAUUCCUUACUUAAGUAAGUUCGGAGUCGAAUGCUUCAGAAUCCUCAGCUGCAAAAUAAAUAUAAGACCGUAAAGUAA